AUGCCCUCAGGGAUGGAUGACCUCCGUAUAGAAUCUUCCAAGAGAAACGGACGUGGAAAGCAGCAGAGAUCCAGGCAAGGCAGGAGCCCCCUUGAUCGGCGUAACACAGCCCGUUCUGAUUCCCCACAGAGAGGCUGCCGUAGCCUUGGUGAACGUGGCCACCUGGCCUCCAUUCUCGAUGCAGGAGAAACAAAGGACGUGGCCGUCUACAUUACCUCAUCCCCAAAUAAGGACCUGGGGCCCAUGGAGGCCCUCUCGACUUUCCGUCUCUUCUUAGGUGGCUUCCUGCUGGCCGUCUCCCUUCCAGCAGGUGCCGAAGCCCUCGAGUGUCCCGGAGGAUGGAGGCAGCUCAAAGGAUACUGCUAUGGCUUCUUCAACCUGAAAGUGACUUGGAUGAGAGCGGAGCUGGAAUGCCAGUCCUUAAUGUUAAACAGCCACCUUGCUUCUAUCGUCCGUGCGGAAGAGGCAGAGCUACUGGCCAAGUACCUUGAUGAAACCUACACUCAACAGUCAUCGGUCUGGAUUGGGAUGUACGAGAACAAAAUCGGGACUCCAGAGAAGAGGUACUUUGAGUGGACGGAUGGGACCUCCGUCGAUUAUACGUCCUGGGCACCAGGAGAACCGCACCACUUAAAGAAACAUUGUGCCGUCCUGGGCAAACCAGAUUACAAACUGUGGGUUACUCGAUGGUGUAACAAUUAUCUUCCCUACCUGUGUAAAUUUGAAAUAUGAAGCGUAAAGGAGGUUCUCCCAUAAUUCCCAGCAGUUCAAGGAAUGGAAGCAAGCUGUCUGCCAUAUAAAUGUUUCUCUCCACUGCAUACCAGUGGGACAUCCCCUCCAUGAAUAUAUGGGCCCAACUUCCUUUUCUCUCUGCUGCAUCAUGAAUGAAUCAAUUCUAUUCCAAC